AGUUUUCGCUUUUACAUUGAGUUUCCCAGAAACCCACAACUUUUCAAGAAAUUCUAGAAUCAAUCUUGGUUCUUCUGCGUUACAGCAUUUAGAUUGACAUUUUCCUUGUGUUUGAGUCUAAUCAAGUAAUAAGUUUUCUGACAGGUUCGUUAUUCUACUUGAAACAAACGUUAUCUAAGAUAAGACUAUUUCGACAGAAUUGUUGGAAUACCACUCAGAAUCGACAAAAAUGUCAGCACUCUCGUUUUCGAAAAUGCGAUGCGCCGUUGCAGCAACGGCUGUUGCUGGAUCAGUGCGCGGUCUGCAGUUUCAAGUGAAACCAUCUACUAAUUCGUUCAAAGCGCUGGAGGCCAGUGAAUCGGAUACCGGCCCGCAUUCGCCAGAGCAACAGAAAGCAGUUACCAGUCCACGACCAGGCGCGGCCGAAAGCCCAGCAACAGGAGGAAGUGCGAGUUUGCAGAUGAAGAAGGCUUCCAUUGAUUCGCCCUUCAAAAAGUCGCCUAUGCGGACGACGAAGACCCUGGAUGUAGGAUAUUCUCCGAGUAAGAACGCAUUCGCUCCUGACAUGACGGUGACAGAGGUAGGAAGCAAAAGCCCUGCGCCCAAGCUGGCAAAAAAAGAGAUCUGGAAAAGUGGAAAGCCUCUGCAGGCCUCUCCAGGUGAAAUGCAGUCCCCGAAGCCUGUGAAGGACGCGCGUGAGGAACUGCUCGCAAAGGAUGAUGUACCAUAUUAAUAUUUAUUAUUAAUAUUCGGGUCAUUGGAAAAUAUUUGGGCUUUGGGCAAAUAUUUGGGCUUUGGAAAAUAAAGUACGGCGGCGACUGGUCUCAGUUAUUAUUGUGAAAUACAACUAUGAUCAGGUACCCGAGGAGCUGGUGAACGCCGUGUUUGGAAGGUGGUACGUCGUAUUCGAGGCACCGCUGCAUAAGGAUUUCUGUUAUCCCGAAGCAAGAACGGCAUGGUUGCACGGACUAUGGGAGACCUACAAUCACGAGGAUGUCGGAGGCCAGCAAGCUUCACGAGACCAAUCCACUUUGGUUUUGAGGCACUUGAACAACCCCGGCACCGCUACCGAAACAGACCUUUUGAAGUACGGGGUGCCGCGGAUUACCCAAAAAAGUGAAAGCUUCAAAAGGUUGGCAGCUUUUUUCAAAGACGGUCAUGCGGCCCGCGAGUAUGGUAAACACGGCUGGCUUGCCUACAUAAACGGUUUGAUCACUGGCCUGAUAGCUUACAUGGCUAUGAUGCAUUGGCUGCAGAAGACAUGGGGAAUCCGUGCCCUGAACGACAUGAUGACGCUCUACAACAGCGGAAAGCUCAUCGCGAACAAACCAGGCAUAUUUCGGGAUGGAACAAAAGGUGCGUCCUUUUUAUAUUCAUCAUAGUUUUAGUCAUCGAUUAUACAUCUAGUAUAGACACUUUUCGAACUUCCAUAUCAGUCUGAAUCUUAUAAAACUUAUGUAACUAACCUCAUCCCAUAGCAGGACUUAUUCCCCUUUGUUCUCUUUUCAAGGUGUGCUGCAAAUCUUGAUUGGCUUUCACCCUUUGGUGAAGGUUUAGGCCCUGCGGCGCUCAAAGCACUAAGUAAAACAACCGGUUAGUUUUCACCUUGAUCACCAACGUAGACUUAUCCCGUGCAACAAUCUAUAAAUAUGUUCCUCAAGGCUUUUAGGUGCAUAGACCACAUAUUAUCGAAGACAUAAGUUAUGGUGAAUCGCCACGCUGCAUGAGCAACAGCGCCUACUUGACGAUAGAAAAAAAGAAAGGAUAGAGUGGAGAUAUGAUUUUCACCCGAGAUGAAGCUUGUGUAAUUAAGUAUACAAGGAGAUGAGCACGGUAAGCAGUUGUUGAUCUUCUUUUUCAGGCAAAAAUGUUUGAUUUGUACUGCACCAGACCAUUUCAAAUUAUUCCUAUUCGUCGCAUAAUAAUGCUGUAGAACUUGCUUAAAGAGCCGCCAACUUGUACCUUUUUCAGCAGCAGGGAGCCUGGUAGGGGUGCUUGUGAUUACUAUGCUUACUGCAUAAUACGACUUAGUACGACCACUCAGUAGCUCGGGUGAGCUUUAUAGAAAGUAUUCCUACUCUAACUCUUCUACUAGAUUUGCAUACAACAACAGUGAUUUUGAGCAUUUCGAAAACGAUCAGGUGGCGCGUGGAGCCUGAAACCCGGUCAACAGGGCAACAGAUGCGCCGGCGCAUCAGCGCGCAUUGUCUACGUCUUCCAUCAAGAAAAGCCUUUCCUACCGCCGCUCGCUGGAAGAGACACAGUAACCAAUGCAGCGUGGAUGAAACAGAUUAGUACGAUGCCUGAUCCCCGAGUAUUGAACACUGGCGGUGGAGAUGGGGGUCCUGUGCUCAAACUGGUUCCACAAGACAGAGAAUGGACGCGUCUCUUCGAUUCCGCCAGUACCGAACCGACUGAUGCGCCCAGCCAGCUUGCGUCAUUAUCAGCGUCCUCGUCCUCUGAUUAUAUGAUGUCAACACCAAAAGCAGAACCCGGAGGCGGUGUCGUCGGCGAACUGGCUACACCAUUAAGCACUUCUUCUAUGACGACUCCGGUCGCAACGCACCUCGCACCCGGUUUUUCCGCGUACAAAACGCCUAGAAAGCACGAGGAGGUUGCGCUCGACUGGAAGAUCGUAUAUUGUCCGAAUGCGAAAGUUUCGCAGCAUCCUCGGGGGGCGCGGUAUUCCUUAUCCAUACAUCUUCAAACCAACAAAAUAUCUCUCAGACUUCUUUUUGCAGAUGUCAUGGAAACACUUGGAUACUUGGAAGAUGUUCCAACUUUAUAUUAUACUACGCGUACUACAGUGCCCUUCUAACAAGAAAGGCGUAGUAGAAGGACUCACAGUGUCGAAAGAGUAUCUAUAUCUUUCGGAACUGUGAUGUGAAUAUGAGGAACAGUUUCAGUUAGACCCCGCUCCCUGCCAAGACAAUAGAGGAUCGAGUAGAUUAUAAUCCAUUCAAUGUACUAUUGCCCCGGCCAGAGGAGCGCCCCCUCCUGUGCGUUUUUAGCCUCGUAGUGCAUACUCCUUGAUGCUUGCUGCUUGCUAAACCUUGUGAUUACUUACAUCGAUCGUAGAAGAUUGAAGUGGACAAAUUGUUCUUUAUCGUCUGUCAGCGUUUUAUUUAUUCAACAAAGCUCAAUCAAGAUCAACGAUCCUCUCAGUGUUGGUCAACAGUCUUCGAUGGCGACCAUGGUAGGAAAUAAUCUGGUCGAGGCUGAGGAUGACCUCAAAUCGCGAACGACUUCUAGAAAAGACACAUCGAUACUGAAAGACAUCCCGGAAGACGAGCUCGGCGAGGAGGGCGAGGCGGAAGACGCACCGAAGAAGGCAGAGAACUCUGAGGAGGACGCAGAGGAGGACGCAGAGCCAGAGGAGGACCUCGAGGUUGACAUCACGGAGGAGGAGGGGAUGUACGAUGACGACGGGGCGGAUCCGGUUCCAGGUGACGGCGACGGGGCGGAUGAGGUUCCGGCUCACAACAACGGCGACGGUUUUACUGAUGGGUCUGACCAAGGUCGUGACAGUCCUCGGAAUAGCGAAGUCCGAAAAGCUGGCGUAAAUAAACUCGGUGGUAUGUUUGACAAAGCGGCCGAGGAAUUUUCACCCACCACGAAGCCCGGCUUUCGCCCUGAUGACGACGGUCGUUCAGGGGGGAGAGGCUCAGCCGCGGCUGUGACUCCGUCUUCCACUCAAUCGGGUCGCGGUCCCCACAAGUCUCCUCAAUCGGGCUACAAUGGCGGCGAC